GUGGCCCAGGGAUAAAGCUCCUGGCUCCCUUCCAUGAUUAGACCAGAACGGCAGAAUACUUUACCACCAGGUCAGAACUUGGUUAAGAAGGGGCAUCUGCAAACAGUCAGAUCCAUUAACUACCAGAACUCGGAUGAAUGAAUAUCUUCUUUGACGCUCAUCUCAACUCGUAAAGAACAUGGAUGCCAUGAAGGAAGAGGACAUCUAUGACUUUCUACCAGAGCAUUUGUCUGCAGACAUGAAGGAGGAGGACAUCUAUGACUUUCUACCAGAGCAUUUGUCUGCAGACAUGAAGGGUAGUGGUACUUGGACACCAACGUGCAAAGAAGAACCGUGUUUGUCGCAUGAAAUUAAAGGAGAGAAGUUUCAAGUCAUGGAAUGUAAUGGUCAUGAGACCACUUCUGAAAUUCAACCAUCAGCUCCAUCACAACAGGCAUUAUCUCUGAAGGCGAUUAAAGAGGAGGACAUUUAUGAUUUCCUCCCAGAGCAUUUGUACAGAACUAAGGAGGAAGAGAAUGAAACUGACACAUUGGACAUGAAAGAAGAAGCCCUGGACAUGAAAAAGGAACCAGAGUCUUCUCGAAUGGAACACAAUGCACACUUGGCUCCAACAGGUGAACACCAGGCAGCUCAUAAUAACACAGACCAACACCAGUGCCCCACAUGUGGGAAAGGAUUUGCAUUGAAGGAAUAUCUCAAACAACACCAGAGAAUUCAUACUGGGGAAAGGCCUUACCAGUGUGCAACAUGUGGAAAAGACUUUGCCAGGAAAGCUAACCUCAAACGGCAUCAAAUAACUCAUACUAGGGAAAAACCAUUUCAGUGUUCAACAUGCAGUGCAGCCUUUUCACGAGGCAGCCACUUAGCUGUUCACCAGACAAUACAUACUGGGGAAAGGCCUUACCGGUGUAGUACAUGUGGAAAGGGCUUUGCCAGGAAAGUUGACCUCAUCACCCAUCAGAGAAACCAUACUGGAGAAAAGCCUUACCAGUGUGACAGAUGUGGAAAAGGCUUUAUAAGGAAAAGUAUUCUCAACAGGCAUCAGAGAACACAUACUGGAGAAAAGCCUUACCAGUGUACUACAUGUGGAACAUAUUUUACACGUAAAGAUAACCUCAUCACCCACCAGGAAAUGCACAUUGAGAGCAACUAACAGCAGUGCAAAAGUCUGUGAAGAGCAUCUGCAAGUUGAGACUGGAGAACAAGACCUGUUGCACUGUUUACCAUCUGCAUG